AUGAUGUCAUCCAGUGACUUUGCAUCUGCUUCUUGGGAGCUUGUGGUCCUAGUUGACCGUGCCAUGGAAGAGCGGCCACAGACAGAAAUCAGGCUGAGGGUGUCGGGGGACCUGCAUAUCGGAGGAGUGAUGCUCAAGCUGGUGGAAGAGAUGAACAUAGCCCAAGACUGGUCAGACUUCGCUCUGUGGUGGGAGCAGAAACGCUGCUGGCUUCUGAAAACCCACUGGACCCUGGACAAGUGUGGAGUCCAGGCUGACGCCAAGCUCCUCUUCACCCCGCAGCAUAAAAUGCUUCGUCUUCGCCUACCCAACACCAAGACCGUGCGACUGCGGGUCAGCUUUUCGGCUGUGGUGUUUAAGGCCGUUGCCGAUAUCUGCAAAGUGCUGAAUAUUAGAAGACCCGAAGAACUUUCACUGUUAAAGCCUGCUGGUGACUAUUCUAAGAAGAAAAAGAAGAAAGACAAAAGUAGUAAGGAUCCUAUGAUUGAUGACGUCCUGAGCCUGGACAGCUCUUCAACAAGUUCGGGUUCCCCAGUAAGCCCGGGCUUGUACAGUAAGACCAUGACACCCAUGUAUGACCCCAUCAACGGGACGCCAGCCUUAUCCACUAUGACUUGGUUCGGUGACAGCCCUUUGACAGAGCAAAAUUGCAAUGUUCUGGCCUUCAGCCAACCUCCUCCAUCACCAGACGUGCUUGCCGACAUGUUCCAGCCUCGAUCUUUGGUAGACAAAGCCAAGAUGAAUGCAGGUUGGCUGGAUUCCUCCAGAUCCCUUAUGGAACAAAACAUUCAAGAGGAUGAGCAACUGCUGUUAAGAUUUAAAUACUACACCUUCUUUGACUUGAAUCCCAAAUAUGACGCUGUCCGGAUAAACCAACUCUACGAGCAAGCCAGGUGGGCUGUUCUCUUGGAGGAAAUCGACUGCACAGAAGAAGAAAUGUUGAUCUUUGCAGCACUGCAGUACCACAUCAGCAAACUGUCACUGUGUGCAGAAAUCCAGGACUUUGCCGCCAAGUCUGAGGUUGAUGAGGUAGAAGCGGCACUCUCUAGUUUGGAAGUGACCCUCGAAGGCGGGAAGGCAGACAACACUUUGGAGGACAUUACUGAUAUACCGAAACUUGCAGAUUAUCUCAAGUUAUUUAGGCCCAAGAAGCUAAUGUUAAAAGCUUUCAAGCAAUACUGGUUUGUCUUUAAGGACACGUCUAUAGCCUACUUUAAAAAUAAGGAACUUGAACAAGGAGAGCCAAUAGAAAAACUAAACAUUAGAGGCUGUGAGAUUGCACCAGAUGUGAAUGUGGCAGGGAGAAAAUUCGGAAUCAAGUUACUAAUCCCCGUCGCCGAUGGGAUGAACGAAGUGUAUUUGAGAUGUGACCAUGAGGAUCAAUAUGCCCGGUGGAUGGCAGCCUGCGUCCUGGCAUCAAAGGGUAAAACCAUGGCAGACAGCUCCUAUCAGCCAGAGGUCUUCAGCAUCCUUUCGUUUCUGAAGAUGAAAAACCGGAAUACAUCGCUUCCGGUGGCUUCCAGUGUCGAAAGCAUGGAUAUGAACCCGGAAUGUCUAGUAUCGCCUCGCUGUGCAAAAAAGCACAAGUCUAAACAGCUGGCAGCCCGGAUCCUGGAAGCUCACCAUAACGUGGCCCAGAUGCCUCUGGUGGAAGCCAAACUGCAGUUCAUCCAGGCAUGGCAGUCCUUACCGGAGUUCGGCCUCACCUACUACCUGGUCAGAUUUAAAGGGAGCAAGAAAGAUGACAUUCUGGGAGUUUCCUACAACAGGUUGAUUAGAAUCGAUGCCGUCACCGGGAUUCCGGUUACAACGUGGAGAUUCGCCAACAUGAAGCAGUGGAACGUCAACUGGGAGAUCCGGCAGGUGGCAAUCGAGUUUGACCAAAAUGUCUCCAUCGCGUUCACCUGCCUAAGUGCAGAUUGCAAGAUUGUGCACGAGUACAUUGGGGGCUACAUUUUCCUGUCCACGCGAUCCAAGGACCAAAAUGAAACGCUCGAUGAGGACCUCUUUCACAAACUGACUGGCGGUCAGGACUGAAGUGAAGCAGGUCUACUUGGCUUCUGUGGAUCUAGGAGACCUUCCAGGAUGGAUAGGACCUGCUCCUUUCCCAGUGUGUAGACUCCAGACUUAAACAACCUACGCUUACCACCAGAUGCCCAGCUCCUUGCCUCAUCCGAACUCACUGCGAGCGCGGGGAGCACAUCGCUGGCCUGACUUUGCCUGGAACUCCCAGCAGUAGACUGGGCUCCUGCUGCUUUUCCUAUAUACUGGGUGGGGAGAGAGGGGGGUGCUACUCUGACUGCUCUAAGGCCCAACACGGUUGGUUCUCCAGUUCUGUGGCUUUGCAAGCACCUGUAUGUAAUUAGCAGUUGACCUUCUGCUUAGUUGCCUCGCGGUAAGUGAGUGGUGAGAACAGAAAGGUCACAGCGAUGUGUCUGUCGCAAGUCCACAUCUCAUUCUGAAAACUCAGGUCCUUCCUUGACAAAAGCGAUGGCGGCUCUCAUCUCGCCAAGAUGACAAAUGGAGUCUAGACACGCCUUUUCUCUGGAAGUCAAAGAGAGGAAGUGGGGCGGAUCAGGGUUACAGCGGUCUUCAGCAUCAUCAGUCUACAGGGACUGUCACAUCUGUCAAGAUGACCAUGGGCCAUCUGGUUAAUCAUUGGUCCUCACAUUAUUGCUGACACUAGAAGCCCCUUUC